UAAAACCCUAAUUUCCCCCUCAAAUUCCAUUUUUUUCCCUCGUCUUUUUCUCUCGGUGGUUUUGAAUAAAUGGCGGCGGCGGGAGACGGCAGAACGGCGAGUUCCUCAGCCUACGAAGGCGGAGGAGCUGGAGGAAAGUUCCGGAGACGACCGUUCCGUAAGAACCAAACUACUCCUUACGAUCGACCACCGACUGCCCUCCGGAACCCUAGUUGGCUCACAAAGCUCGUUGUCGAUCCUGCCACGAAGCUCAUCACUUCCGGUGCUCGACGGUUCUUUUCUUCGAUCUUCCAAAAACGUCUUACCCCUGCUCCGACGCCAUUGCCACUACCUCCGAUGCCAUUACCACCUCCUCCAGAAGCAAGACAAGAAUCAAAGGAUGUGCAGCAGGAGUCUUGUCUUAAAGAUCAUGCUGGAGCAGUAGUAGCCACUGGACAUGAAGUUCGCAAUGCUGCAUGCAGCUCUGAGGACAGUGCAUUCUCAGAGCUUGAGCAACUGUUGAAACAAAAGACAUUCAGCAGAGAUGAAAUUGACCACUUGACAGAACUUUUGCGCUCCAAAACUGUAGAUACCCCUGCUGGGAAUGAUAAGGGUGCUGUUGCUACCCCUGUCACAAGUUCAAGAGCCCCUAAAGGGAAUGUUGCAUCGGCUGCUGAACUUGCAAAAGCUUACAUGGACACUAGGCCAUCAAAGGCUAGUGUGAGAGUAGAUUCACCAGAGCUAAAAAAUGUAGCAUAUUCCCAAAAUUUGCCUAUUACAUCAGUGACUACAAAGACUGCUGGUCUUAUUGGGGUUCGAGUAAAUGGAUUUACCCCUCCAAGGUCUCGUGGAAGAUCUGCAAUAUACCACAUGGCUCGCACACCGUACUCCAGACUUCGUCAAACUGAUGGUCAAAUGGCAAGUAGCUCCACACAUAAUGCUUAUAGCGGGCCUUCUUUAUCUGAGUCAGUCUUGGAGCAUGAUGGAUAUUUUGGCUCUAAACAGCCCCUCAAACGGAGAAGUUCUGAUCUGGAAGAUGAUAUCGGCUCUGUUGGCCCCAUUCGCAGGACUCGACAGAAACCAAAUCUCCUGUCACAUGGAAUUUCACGUCCUAGUCCUGGAGGAGUUGCUUCUGCUGCUGCUGAUGUGCCUACAAGGUAUGUUCACAUCCCUCCCAAGCCCAGUGAGACAGCUGCAAAGAUAUUGGAGCAUCUUGAAAAUCUGACCCCAAAGGAGAAGUCAUCAGAAUCAAGACUAGCUGCAGGGAGUGAUAAAACACCCAAGAAAUUGUCACCAAACAUGCUUCGCGGACAAGCUCUUAAAAGCUUGGAGUCUUUGGAUUCUCCCAAGCUGCUACAGAGUGCACAAGACAGCCAUAAGUUGGAAAAUUGGUCUAAGGUUAUUCCAACCAAUGGCCAUGAUUCUAGUUUGCAGAAGCAAGGCAAAAUAGAACAACAUCGGCAAAAUGAAUCUAUUAACAGGCCAACUGUUGUAGCAAAGAAUAAUGAAAAGAAUUCAUUUGAAGAUGCUCAACAUGCUCAACCAGGUGUGGAAACAGCUGAUUCACUGGAUAAGAAGUCUUCAGUUCCACCUCAGAAGAAGCAUGCUUUUAGGAUGAGUGCACUUGAGGACUCGUUUGAGAUGGAUGAGGAUAUAAACUUUGACAAGUCUGCCUCUCAAUUGGCUGAAGGAAGAGAUAAGAUGGGUAUAUCUGGUGCUGAAAAGAAGUCUCUGUCUACUGAUGAAGCCCUGAACAAACCUGCUGCUCUUUCUGAAACAAAUGCUAACCUGGGGAUUUUGAACAAAAGAAAGGAUAUGAAGGUUCCUGAUGCUGCUCUUAUCAGCGUCAGCAGCCCCAGUUUCCUGCCCAGUUCUGAUCCCCUGUCACCGGAGGUUGUCCCACCAUCAUUUGGGUCAAACAAAUCAAAGGAGUCGAGUGGUGACAAGGUCCCAGCUCUUCUAUUUUCAUCAUCAUUCCCUCUCUCAGGGUUAAAACCAGAAGGCUCAAGCAGUUUAUCCAACCCUGCUUUUGGCCUGGCUGGUGCUUCAUCGGAGCUCCUUGAGUCAGAUAACUCACAGAAGGAUGGGAAAAGCAAUGGGAAAUUAGAACCUUUAUCAUCUGGUUUAUCACCUUCAGUUUUAUUUGCUGCUCCAUCAAGCACUUCUAGCUUCAGUAAUGGACAGUUCACACCUAGUCCUGCUAUCUCAGCCACUUCUCUCUUGGCAUCAAGUAAUUCCCCCAAGGAUGUUCAAUCUUACAGUUCAAGUGAGGUUGCCCAUUCCACAAGCAUUUCAGCUGCUGUUGGUGGUGGUCUGUUUGGUUUUGCUGCAGCAUCUUCAGUAUCAACUGAACCUCUUAUCAAAUCUGGUCCCUCUGAAGUUCCACCAAUGGUGUCAACGCUAUCAACAGCUUCCACUGCAGACGAUGCAGACCUGAAAACCAAAGCAGCUAAUUCUGACAACUUGAGUAGCAAUUCACCUUUUGCGGGCUCAUCAUUUGCAUCUACAAGUCCUGGAAAUAGUAUUUUUGGUUUUAGUUCAUCAGGAAUGUCCACAGUUACUACAGCUAGUGUCCAGUCUCAGAGUUCUGUUUUCAGCACUGGAGCUCAGUCACUUGUUAGUGCACAAACUUCUCUCACUGGAUCAGACAAUACCAGAGUCACACAGAGUGUUCCUGCUCAUUUUGGAUCAUCUACUACAUCACCAGAAGUGGGCAAUUCCGGAAUGACAUCUUUCUCCUCUGUCGGUUCUGCUUCAAGUAAUACUGGUAUAGUUUCUGCUGCUGCUUCAGAUAGCAACCCCGUUGGCUCCAGCGCUGCUGCUUUUGGAAAUUUUAGUUUUGGGGCAAGUUCUUCAACCUCAUCUACGAUGAGCAGUUCAGUCGGACCUAGCAGUGGGACAACUCAGCUGGCGUUCACUUUUGGUGCUAGUCCGGCAGUUCAUGCAGCCACCGCUGCACUUGCCACUUCCAGCAAUGCUACUUCUGCUAUAUUUAGUUUUGGUAAUAAAUCUUCAUCUUCCUCGGCAAAUGCCGUCGACACCUCUACCCGCCCUAGUCCUAGCACAUUUAAUUUUGGUGGUAGUUCUUCAGCUUCCUCAUUGAACAAUGUCAGCAUGUCUAAUAGUGCUGCUCCUGGAAUAUUUAGUUUUGGUGGUGGUUCUUCAGCUUCUUCAACCAAUACUGUCAGCACCUCCACCAAUGCUACUCCUGGCGUGUUUAGUUUUGGUGGCAACUCUUCGGCUUGCUCAACAAAUACUGUCAGCAUCUCUACCAGUGCUACCGCUGGCAUAUUUAAUUUUGGUGCUAGUUCUUCCGUUCUGUCAACAAAUACUGUCAGCACCUCCACUAGUGCUGCCCCCAGCGUAUUUAGUUUUGGUGCUAGCUCUUCAGUUUCGUCAACAAAUGCUGUCAAUGCCACCAGCACAGUCAGUCCUAGUCCAUUUGCUUUUGGUGCCAGUUCUGCCUCUCCACAAACUUCCAGUGCUGCUGGAAUUUUAGGUUCCAAUUGGCAGGCCCCUAAGUCUCCUGUCUUUAGUUCCCCAUUUAGUUCUGCUACCCCUACUGGGUUUGCAUUUGGAGCAUCUUCAUCAUCUUUUACUCCUCCAGCCACCACUGCUGCGGUCUUUGGAUCAGCACCCAGUACUCCUAGUGGACCAGCCUUUCCAUUUGGUUCAACUUCUUUGACAAAUCCGUCUACGCAGGCCAUAUUUGGGAACUCUACUUCUCCUUUUACUGCAUCCCCUGGAAAUAAUAACCAGAUGAGCAUGGAAGACAGCAUGGCCGAGGACACUAUGCAUGCAUCUUCCCCUGCUGUUGCUUUUGGUCAACCUUCUGUCUCGCCCUCUCCUGGUGGUUUCAUGUUUGGUUCAACACCUAAUCCAUUCCAAUUUGGUGGCCAGCAGAAUCAGGCAGCUGCUGCUGCUGUUCAGAAUCCAUCUCCAUUUGCAGCAUCAGGCAGUUUAGGUGCUGGAGGGAGUUUCUCAUUGGGUAGCAAUGGUCCUGACAAAUCAGGUCGAAAGAUUGUCAAAGUUAAUAGAAAUAAGAACAGAAGGAAGUGAAGCAGUUGGCAACAACAUUGGAUCCUUACGAUGAUAUAUCAGCAGCCAUGGUUUAUGGGUUUGCGCUAUUCUCUUUUUUCUUUUUUUUAAAUCUUGCGCUUUGUAGAUCUGCAUCUCCAGGAAGUGAAGAUCUUGUAAUCCUAUCGUCUUUUUUGGCAUAAAGUGUCACAAUUUUGGGCAACAUUUCUUGGUAAAGUGGUUGUAGUUGUAUCAGUAGGGGGCUGUAAGAGAGCCUGGUUAGCCUUUGUUUUUUCUUUCUAUAAAUUCGUUUUCUGUACUUGUGACAUAAUAAGGAAAUGUUUGUUUCUCUAAGUAUUUCUCUUUCUAUCGAGGACUUAUUUUCGAGAUGAAAAACAUAUUC